AUGGCCGAAGAUACCAACGCCGCCUGGCCCAUCUCCGAUGAGUCUCUGACCCAGUCCCUCCUCGACUUGGUCCAGCAGGCCAACAACUACAAGCAGAUCAAGAAGGGUGCUAACGAGACUACUAAGACUCUUAACCGUGGUACCUCCGAGCUCGUCAUUUGCGCCGCUGAUGCCACCCCUCUUGCCAUUAUUCUCCACUUGCCCCUGCUGUGCGAGGAUAAGAACGUCCCCUACGUCUAUGUCCCCAGCAAGACUGCCCUCGGUCGUGCCUGUGGUGUCUCUCGCCCCGUUGUUGCCUGCAGCAUCACCACCAACGAUGGCAGUGACCUUGCUGCGCAGAUCCGCCAGAUCAAGCUGCAGGUUGAGCGCCUGAUGGUUUAA